UUCUUUUUACACUUUUAUGUUUAAGGUACAUUUUACGUCAAUUUUACUUUAACAACAGUCGAUAAAGUUUAUCUUAUCCAAGUAACCUUUUGUUAACUUUUAAUCGUUGGUAUAACUUGAACAGCGUAGUAAGUUUUAUGUAAAUAUAUCCCAGUAUUCGUAUUCGACGGUUACAAAUUCUUUUAUCUUUCUGUAAAUCGAAAAAAUCAUGCAGGAAGGUUUGGUUCUCUUGAACAAUGUUCAAACCCAAAUAAUAACUGAAGGCAAAUGGGUUGGGGAAAGUUUCCAGCAAGAUGAUAAAAAGAAUGUCGUGAUUGUUAUUCCUGGGAAUCCAGGUAUUCCACAAUUCUAUAAUGAUUUCAUUAAGUCUCUUCACUCAAAACUGCCUUCUGAAACAUCAGUUUGGGUCAUUGGACAUGCUGGCCAUAUGCAACCACCUAAAGAUUUAGAAAUAAAUAUGCCUAGUGAUAAUGAAUGGGAUAAAUAUUAUGGUUUGACUGCGCAAAUAGAACAUAAGAUACAAUUCAUAAGAAAAUAUGUUCCAAGUGAUGCAAAAAUAUAUCUGGUAGGUCAUUCUAUUGGAAGUUGGUUUAUAUUAAAUAUGCUAAAAGAUGAGGAUAUCUCUAAGAAAGUAGAAAAGUGUUAUUUACUUUUUCCUACAAUUGAAAAUAUGGCAGAUACACCGAAUGGACGUUUUUUAAAAAACAUUAUCUUUAACAUGGACAACUUAUUGAUUUAUUUUUCUUGGUUUUUCACAUUUAUGUUUCCUUAUUAUUUCAAAGUAUUUUUAUUACGUGUAUUUGGUAUAUUUUAUGGUAUUCCUGCUAAAUCUAUUAAUGCAGUGAUUCUAUUUUUGCAACCUCAUAUACUUAAAAAAGUGUUUAGACUUGCGAAUGAGGAAAUCAAGAAUGUAAAAGAACUUGAUGAUAAUAUCAUCGCUCAACAUGCGAAUAAGCUUUGGCUUUAUUAUAGUGUAAAAGAUCGGUGGACCCGAAUGAGCUUUUAUGAAAACAUGAAAGCUAAACAUCCUAAUGUAGAAACGAAGCUCUGUGAGCAUAACUUUCCUCAUUCUUUUGUCUUAUAUCAUGACAAAAUAAUGGGUAAAAUAAUAGGUGAUUUAAUCAAUGAAAAUAUAUCAAAAUCCUAAUUAUUGGGAAUAGAAUAUUGUUAUUAGGAUAAAUUUUAUUUAUAUAUUAAUUUGAUUAUAUC